AUGGCACUAUUCGGGCUCCCCAACCCCAUAUCCCUUGCCGCUCUCUGGUCCAUUCAAAGCCUCCCUGAGCAAAUGGAACACAUAACCGGCCGUAUUGGAGCUGCCAUCGACAAGUCUGCCUCCCUUUUAUCACGAGCACAUGGCUAUAACCUCUCUCUCAUGCCUUCUAGCUUCUGGGCUGAGCUGUCUGCGUGCAAAGACACGCUGCUUGCAGACACUAUACCCAAGUCUUCACCGGCAACGGAUAUCCAUGGCCCGGAAGGCUACCCUCCAGGGCUAACAAUGCUACCCCUAAACCUAUCGUACGAAGAGUAUUCGGUUGAUACCGUUGAUCCGCGAUUCACGCCUUCCAGUCUAAGCGACUGGGACAGCGGGCAGCUCCUGGCUCCCUCCCCACGAUCCCCUAAUUUCCCCGACUUUUCCGAGCUGUCCUGGGGGUCUCUUAUGCUGGCUGGACUCUUCCUCCUCUUCCUCCUUUUGAUUCCAAUCUGUGCAUCCGUGCGUUUUAUGAAGAGAGUGGCUGUCGCUCGUCAAAGACAAGCCCAUCUUCUACAGAUUGCGAACCACGAGAUUCUUGGAUUCAUCAGGAGCAUAUAUGAUAAAAAAGACGCUAUCAUGGAGAAGAUGAAUAUCACGGUAUCCGCGAUUGAGUACCAGAUUGAGGAAGCCUUUCAGCAGAUAGCGGCAGAGAAAGAACGUGUAUGCACGGAUUUCCCCUUCGUGUUAGAGCAAGAGGUCAAUUUACUGCGGGACGCGCUCCAAAUUCGGGUCCGGAGCGAGUUCGAACACCAGGUCUCCAAGAUAAAGGAGUUCAUCGCCGACGUAGAGAGGAGACGCCGGAGUUUACCAAGUCCUCAAGAGAUCGAGGACACUUGCGAGGCUUUUCUAGACGAGCUGGGGCGCUUAAUAGUACUGGUCAAUGACUUACGAAGCCGCAUCCACGACGAAAGGAAGGCUUAUAUCGGGUCCCAGAAGUUGCACCAGCAGAUGGAUUCUAUGGUCUGCCCCUGCAGGGCGAGAUGCAAUGUCCGGUCAGAGGGUCCACAACGAUCGGCCGCAGUGGCCGACCAUCCAGCCCGGGUUAGCGCGAAGAAAGACGAGGUUCUGCAGGAUAAUCCCAGGCUAGAUCCACCAGAGGCUAGGGAACCGCGAUACCCUAGUUUGGCUCUAUGGAGGAUGACAAAGGAAAGUGCCGGAUUAACAGCAGAGGAACUUGAACAAGGCCGCAAGGUACGACGUGAAAGAGUAGAGAAACGGCUGGCGGAAUCUGCUUGCGGUUACCCAUCUCCAUGGGAUCGUUUGGAUGGGAGGAAGGGAAGACAAAAGCAUACAUCGAAGAGCAAGCUCCAAUAA